AUGUCGCAAGAUAAUGUUGGGCAUAUUGUUAAAAAGGCAAAGCCUGCUGAAAGGUUGCAGUGUGAAUAUUUCAUGGAAAAAAAGAAACGAAGAUGUGGGAUGACCAGAAGUUCACAAAACUUGUAUUGUUCCGAGCAUUUGCAUUUGGUGAAAAAGGCAACCAAUCUUCAACCCCAUAAUAAGGACGGUUUGAAAACGGAGAAAGAAAGGCAAAGAAUUCCGUGUCCAUUGGAUUUGAAGCAUACUGUUUGGGCGGAUCAGGUGGAUAAGCAUUUGAAAAAAUGUAACAAGACCAAACUAAGCCAUUUAAACGAUGACAAACCAUAUUACGAACCGGGUUAUAACGGAGGGAGUGGAACUUCCUCGCCGCCUGUCAAGAUAGAUCUUACAACUGAUCAUUUGAUUCAAGCCAUUCAAUUGCUGCACAAAGUUUUUGAGGAGGAGUCGAUGGAUGACUUACCGUUGAGACAAUUGAACAAUGAAUUAAUGUCUUUGAAACGGUUCCCUCAAUUGUCUUCAAACACCAAGCAUGCCGUUCAGCAGUCUUCGUUGAUUGAAACCUUAGUUGCCGUUGGCGCAUUUGAAGGGGCAAUGAGUUUGAGCUUUAUUGAGUUUGGAUGUGGCAGGGCCGAGUUCUCGCGUUACAUCAGUCUAUACGUCUUAACGCAACUGGCAAUUUCUUCCGAGGAUCACUCUAAGUCGAAUUUUAACGAGUUCGUGUUGAUUGAUAGAGCAGCAAACAGAAUGAAAUUCGAUAAAAAGAUUAAGGACGAUUUCUUGGAGAUAACAUCAAGUGCUGAAUCCCAAAAAUUGAACUGCCCCAGCAUAAAGAGGACAAAGAUAGACAUUAGGGACUUAAAGUUAGAUGCUAUUCUAACAUCAACAUGUGAGGACAAGAGCCAGUAUGUUUGCAUCUCUAAACACCUUUGUGGUGUAGCUACAGAUCUAACCUUAAGAUGCAUAAGAAAUAGUUCAGUUCUACAUGGUGAUAACAACGAUAGAUCGAAUUCUAAACUGAGAGCAAUUUGUAUUGCCAUGUGCUGCAGACAUGCUUGUGACCACAGUGAUUAUGUCAACCGCGGUUACAUCACAUCACUUCUUGACAAAUAUAAGUCCAAUGAUUCCCUCCUAACAUAUGAAAGCUUCUUCCGUAUGCUGACUAAAUUCUGUUCCUGGGCUACUUGCGGAAGAAAACUAGGUACGACUAUUACGGACACAGUGAACGUUGCGGAAUCGUUUGAAGGCGCCGAACCAUAUAAAAUGACUAUUAAAGAGAGAGAAAACAUUGGUCUAAUGGCAAGACGUAUUAUCGACGAGGGCAGGUUAACCUAUGUAAGAGAAACUUUUUUAGAAUUUGAUGCAGAACUGAUUAAGUACGUGGAUUCUGAUGUAUCCCUAGAGAACGUUGCCAUGUUGGUUUAUAGAAAAUAG